GGCUCACAUCUCAGAGUCACAGGUGCAAACCUCGCGCGCGCUACCGUCUCAAAAAAAAAAACACACACACACACACCCGUCGCGUGCCCACUCCCUUCAAACCUUCAUCAAACACCCGUUGCGCUUGCGCCAGCGGGCAGCCCCUCUCCCGCAGCCGCAGUCCCAGUCCCACGCGCAUUCCGCCCCGCGGCUCCCGAGAGAGAGAGAUGGCCAGGCACGCCAAGACGGACUCCGACGUGACGAGCCUGGCGGCGUCCACGCCGCCGCGGUCCCCGCGCGGCCGCCCGGCCUACUACGUGCUCAGCCCCGCCGCCUCCCACCCGGACGUCCACCUGGGCGCCUCCGGCGGCGUGGCGGGGACCACCCCGGCGGAGUCGCCGCUCCACUACCACUUCCACCACCACCGCCACCACUCGAGCGGCGGCGCCGGUGUCGGCGUGGGCGGCAUGCACCACUCCCGGGAGUCCUCGACGGGGCGGCUCCUCUUCUCCGACCAGCUCCGCUCCGGCGGCGACGUCGCCGCGGUGGUGAGCGUCCCCUGGCGCCGGCUCGGGAACGGCAGCGGCGCGGGCAGCGUCGGGGACGAGGACGACGACGGCGCGUCCCUGCGCGGCGGGUCGUUCGCGGAGUCGCCGUGGCGGUGCUACGCGCUCGGCGCGGUCGCGUUCGUCGCCGUGUUCGCCUUCUUCCUGAUCGUGCUGUGGGGCGCCAGCAGGUCGUACAAGCCCCACGUCGUCGUCAAGAGCGUGGUGUUCGAGUCGUACCACAUCCAGGGCGGCACGGACCGGACGGGCGUCCCUACGAAGAUGAUGUCGGUCAACGCGACGGUGCGGCUGCGCUUCCGCAACCGCGGCACCUUCUUCAGCCUGCACGUCACGGCCACGCCGUUCCUCCUCUUCUACGGCGACCUCACCGUCGCCACCGGAGAGAUGGCGGAGUUCUACCAGCCGCGGAAGAGCGGGCGGACGGUGACGGUGUCCGUGGUGGGGAAGCAGGUGCCGCUCUACGGCGCGGGCGCCAGCCUGCACAGCAAGCCCAACAACGGGCGCCUCGGCCCCGCGGUGGUGCCCGUCAGGCUCCGCUUCGUGCUGCGCGCGCGCGCCCACAUCCUCGGCCUCCUCGUCAAGUCCAAGUUCUACCGCCGCGUGCGCUGCGGCCUCGACAUCCGCGAGGCGCACCUCGGCAGGCCGGCCCGCGGCGUCGCCUCCGGCUGCGACUACCACGACGGGAUGCGAUGAUCGUUCCUGCCGCCGUUGUGUCGCCUCGGGCGGGGUUUGCUGCGUUGUGGUUGCGGACGAACUGUGUAAUCGAUUCCUACGAACCGUUCUAAUGUAACCGGCGGCGUCGACAAGAUCACAGAUCGUGGGCGCAGCUUGGCUAAUGCCACGAGUAUCGCAUU